UACCGGAGUGCACAGCGGCGCAGCUGCGCAGAGCUACUGGACAGAGAACGAAUGCUGUAGUGUUGACAUAUUUCAUUAAUGCUCAAAAUUAUCAAGCGUAUCGCCACUAUGCCGGGAAUGAUGGACAAAGGGUCGGAAUAUCUGGGGAAAGGUCGCUCAAAUGGGACGAAAAGCCCGUCGAACGCCUCGAAUGGACAUUUUUCGGACGAGAGCGGCAGCGACGACGAGCACGAUGUAGGCAUGCGUGUGGGCUCAGAUUAUCAAGCAAAUAUUCCUGAGUUUGAUCCAGGCUUCACAAAAUACAGCGAUAAAGACCACGGUGGCAUGUUGGUUUGGUCUCCAUAUCACACCAUACUUGACUCUAAAUUGGAUGAGUACAUUGCAAUUGCAAAAGAAAAGCAUGGAUACAAUGUUGAGCAGGCUCUCGGCAUGCUCUUCUGGCAUAAACACAACAUCGAGAAGUCCCUUGCUGAUCUGCCAAACUUCACCCCCUUCCCUGAUGAGUGGACGGUGGAGGACAAGGUGUUGUUUGAACAAGCGUUCAGUUUUCAUGGGAAGAGCUUCCAUCGGAUCCAGCAGAUGUUGCCGGACAAAUCCAUAUCCAGUCUUGUGAAGUACUACUAUUCGUGGAAAAAAACGCGAUCCCGGACGAGUCUGAUGGACCGACAAGCGCGAAAGCUGGCAAACCGGAGUAAUCAAGAUGAAAGUGAGGAAGAGAUGGAAGAAGCCAACCCCAUUGAGGCCAAUGACAGUGACUAUGACCCUACAAAAGAGGUGAAGAAGGAGAGUCAUGCAGAGCCUCAGAUGCUGAGCUCCAAAAUUGCACUGGGACGGAGAGAGCACCAGACCCUGCAGCACCGUCACCACAGCCAGCGGUCCAAGUGCCGCCCUCCCAAAGGCAUGUACCUCACACAGGAGGACGUGGUGGCCGUCUCCUGCAGCUCCAGCGCCGCAAGCUCUGUCCUGCGGCAGCUCGACAUGGAGCUGGUGUCCCUGAAGCGACAGGUUCAGAAUGCCAAGCAGUUAAACAGCGGACUUAAACAGAAGAUUGAAGAUGGAAUUGAUGAAUUCAGACUGCCUGAGUGCACCCAAAAAAUUAAUGCCCGCUGGACAACAGAUGAGCAGCUUUUGGCAGUACAAGGGGUACGAAAAUAUGGGAAGGACUUCCAGGCUAUUGCUGAUGUGAUUGGGAAUAAAACGGUGGGGCAGGUGAAGAAUUUCUUUGUGAACUAUCGGCGUCGCUUUAACUUGGACGAGGUGCUUCAGGAAUGGGAGGCGGAGCAGGGAACACACACUCCCAACGGAGACGGUGCCAGCUCUGGUGAGGAUGGAAAGAACAGCAACAUCUCCUCAGGAAAGAACACAGAUGAAGAAGAGGAAGAGGGUCAGGUGACCCCAGCCUCGGGUCCGUCUCCUGUAGCCACAUCAGCAUCUCUAACAGCAGCCAGCAGCUCCAGCUCUCUCAACCAGCCUCCACCUCUUCUGCGCCCAUCUCUUCCUGCCACUCCAGCGCUACACCGUCAGCCUCCACCUCUGCAGCAGCAAGCCCGCUUCCUUCAGCCCCGUCCUGCCCUGAACCAGCCUCCGCCGCUCAUCCGGCCCUCCAACCCCCUCCCUCCGCGCCUCAACCCCCGCCCCACAGCCCCUGCUCCCUGCAUGGCUUCAGCCGCGCCGGGCCAGCAGCCGCCCUCUCUGGUGGGCAUCCAGUCCGAGACGCCCUCCUCCUCUCUACACUGAUGUGUUUCAUAUUUGUGACAUUGCUGAUGAAGGUAAUUAGUUAGCAGUUCUCGUUGUGAAUACUAGGAAAAGAAUGAUCGUUUUAAAAUGUGUAUAUAUUAGUUACGUAACUUUCUAUUUAUUUGACCUGAUUUUUUAUUUUAUUUUUGAUUUUGUAAUCAUGUUGUAACAUUGUACUUUAAAGCGAUUGAUUGUUCACCCAGAAAUGAAAAUCACCCCAUGAUUUACUCACCCUCAAGCCAUCC